AUGUUCCACACCAACACUACAACUUUCCACCCAGACACCUUUAUUCUUACAGGUAUUCCAGGCCUUGAGGAUUCCCAUGGCUGGAUCUCCUUGCCUUUUUGCACCAUUUACUUAACGGAUCUGCUGGGCAAUGCUACCAUUUUGUUGAUCAUCUGGUCUGACCAUACCCUGCGAGAUCCCAUGUUCUACUUUCUAGCCAUAUUAUCAGCCAUAGAUCUGGCCCUCUACACAUCCUCAGUGCCCCGAAUGCUGGGUAUCUUCUGGUUUCAUGCACAUGAAAUUGGAUUUGGAGCCUGUGUGGCCCAGAUGUUUCUCAUACACACCUUCACAGGAAUGGAAUCUGCUGUUCUGCUGGCAAUGGCUUUUGAUCGAUAUGUAGCCAUCUGUGCACCUCUCCACUACACAACCAUCCUGACACCCCGAGUGCUAGCGGGCAUUGGUGUGGGUAUUAUAAUGCGCCCAAUCUUGCUCAUGUUGCCCAUCAUCUACCUAACACAUCGUCUGCCUUUCUGUGAAGCUCGAAUUAUUGCCCACUCCUACUGCGAGCACGUGGGCAUUGCCAAAUUGGCCUGUGCCAGCAUUAGAAUUAAUACCAUUUAUGGGAUUUUUGUAGCUUCUUUUCUUAUUUUAGAUGUGGCACUGGUUGCAAUCUCUUAUGCCUAUAUCCUCCAUGCGGUUUUCCACCUCCCAUCUCGAGAUGCUCGUCACAAAGCCCUGAGCACAUGUGGGUCACAUGUUGGGGUCAUGUGUGUUUUCUAUACACCCUCCUUAUUCUCCUGCCUUACGCACCGAUUUGGAAAAAAAAUUCCUGGUUAUGUCCACAUCCUUGUUGCCAAUCUCUAUGUGGUCAUCCCACCUGCCCUCAACCCUAUGAUCUAUGGUGUGAGGACACGGCAGAUUCGCGAGCGUGUGAUCCAUGCUUUCACCUCAAAGUAG